AUGUCAACGGCAACAUUAAAGUCGCCUUUUCGUGCGAAACGUAGCAUUAAACGAGGUUACAAACAGGAUUCAGUAAAGCAAAUUAUUCAGGAAUUUGGCUUCCAGAUUGAAAACAGAGAAAACCACACAACAGCUUUUCUAAUAUGGUCCGAUACUUUUAUCCCAUUUGAGAAAUUGUGGAUGCUUAAGCCUUACCAAAGGGUUAACCACUUUCCUGGUAUGGUGGAAAUUUGUCGAAAGGACUUUUUUACAAAACACUACAAUAAACAAGCAAAAUCUGAUUCAAGGAAUUACAACUUUUAUCCAAAAACAUGGAUUCUGCCACAAGAAUACGCUGCAUUUCUAACCUAUGCUCGCAAGAAUCCUCAUCCUGCUUACAUCGUAAAACCAGCCAAUGGUGCAAUGGGGAUGGGAAUCCGGCUAUACCGCAAUGUGGAGAGCGUACCAUCCUCUAGCUCACAAUACGGCCCAUGCGUGGUGCAGGAGUACGUUACCAACCCCUACCUUAUCGACGGCUUCAAGUUUGACUUGCGUGUCUACGUACUCAUCACUUCCUGCUGUCCUCUGCGCAUCUUCGUCUACAACGAGGGCCUGGUACGAUUGAGUGCGGAGAGGUACAAGGAUCCCAUGGGACCGAAUGGUGAAUCCAUGUAUCGCCAUCUGACCAACUACGCGGUGAAUCGCAAGCACCACGCCUACAUGAAGACCAACGAUGAGACCGAUGGUAACAAACGUUCCUUUGCGUUCCUCGAGGACUACCUCGCUCGACAUGCCGGCCUCUCCGACUGCCGCAUGCUGUGGCGUCGAAUUCGCAAUCUCGUCGUAAAGACGGUUAUUCUUGCCGCUCCUCAUGUCUACCACGCUUUUGAGAUCCUUGGGUUUGAUGUAAUUCUCGAUGCGGACCUAAAACCGUGGUUGUUGGAAGUAAAUCGGUCGCCUUCGUUUGGAGUAGACCAGAGCCUUGACCUAAGGGUGAAGUCGGGCUUGCUAAGGGAUGCGCUGGCGCUUAUCAACAUCCGCGCCUCGGACAAGCGUCGCUCGGAGGAGUGGCAGCGAGCACACGCGGUGCAACGUCUACUGAACCCCACGACAACAGCACUGAACGCUGUUUGUGACACCAAGUUGUGGCAGUGCAGUGGUACCCUUAAGUCAAAGUACCUAGCCUCCGACUGGCUAAAAAACCCCCGCGAUCUACUCAAUCGCAUCAAUGGCAUCCGCGAGCGGUUGGGCAAGAUGCACCGGGAGGCGGAUUUGGAGUGUUUCGAGAACUCCAACUGCGGCAACUGGCGUCGUGUCUACCCUACGAUGGACAAGACACUGGAGCAACGAUACACCACACUUAUGGUGAAUGUCUUUACCGAAUUUAACAAGGGACGACCUGGUGAUGUUGACCGUGUCAUACCUGCCUCGCUGUCCGAAAGCCAGAAGGAGGAGGAACUUCGACAACAAUUGUACUACUUGGAGAAGGAGUCUGCCAAGUUGGUGAAGCAACGUGUAAAUGACAAGAUCCCACUGCCACAACAGCCAAAAACGCAACAUCAACAACAUCACCGCCAGCAACAGCAGCAUCACCUUCGAGUGCUCAAUACCGGCGCCUCAACUCCCCCCACCUUCCCUCCCAGGUAUUGCUUUCGUGAGAAGUGGUGCAGUAGGAACCAAUCCGCGGUGUCUAUGUUCUCACAUCCCUUCUGGGAGGACCCUAACGGGCUAGCCGAGUCCGAUGAAGAAGGUGAAGAAGAGGUAAAGAAGGAAGAGGAAGAGGGGAGUGAUAAGCAGGACCAUCUAUUUUGGUAUUAUCUGUUGAUGCAUGCGACCUCCAGUUGCCCAGUUGCCUCCCUCAGCACAACUUCCUCUUCCCAACCGAGACCGUGUCAACACGGUGUUUCAGCGCCACCCUUCGUUCUUGUUAAGCGUGUCCAUCUCCAGCAGUUCCAAAUGGGAUUGACUGAACCAUUUUCGGACGGAUUUGGAUUUUGCUCUGUUACUGCAUACCCGACCUUCUUCAAUCGCAGCACAGUAGACUUGCCGGGAAGCUUUUACCACCACAUUCACAGCCACAACCUUACGAUCGGGGCCAACUUGUUCUGUGAAGCCGAUAAGCUUAAAGAACAUUGUGAGGAUGAGGACUUGAGUCAGUCCAUUUACUUCCCUAAUCUCCAACGAGUGAUAAUAAUCGGGGGAGUAAGGAGGUAUAUUCUGAGUGGUAACUUUAAUCUUGGCAGGGAUUUUAGGCGCCUUGUGGACGAUCUGAACGGCGACCAAGAUGGUGGACAGGAGUGA